AUGGACAAGAAGGGCAAGUACGUUGUAUUGGUGAGUGGUGAAGGCGAGAAGUUCACUGUUGAGAAGAAGAUUGCUCAGAGGUCCUUGCUGUUGAAGAAUUACUUGAAUGACAUGCAUGAAAGCAGUUUAGAUGAUGAGGACGAGGAGCAGGACGAGGACGAGGACGAGGACGAUGAGAUUGUGAUGCCGGUUCCCAAUGUCAGGUCGUCUGUGUUGCAGAAAGUGAUUGAGUGGGCAGAACACCAUAGGGACUCUAACUUCCCAGACGAGGACGAUGACGACUCGCGUAAGUCUGCUCCAGUGGAUGCCUGGGACCGUGAGUUCUUGAAAGUGGACCAGGAGAUGCUUUACGAAAUCAUAUUAGCAGCCAACUACUUGAAUAUCAAGCCAUUGCUGGACGCUGGUUGCAAAGUUGUCGCGGAGAUGAUAAGAGGGAGGUCCCCAGAAGAGAUCAGGAGGACUUUCAAUAUAGUAAACGAUUUCACGCCUGAGGAAGAAGCAGCUAUCAGACGUGAAAAUGAAUGGGCGGAGGACCGCUAA